AUGGAGAACUGCCGUGCAUUCCAGGGAGAGAAGCAGCCCGCGCCGAAGCAGAACAGUUAUGAGACCUACACUCCGGAGAGCAUGCAGCUGGUGAAUGCCUCGGUGCAGGGGUCCGAGCAUGUGCUCACCUGUAAGGUUCAGCACGAGGCACAGCCUCCCACCCGGGCCAGCCUCAUACUGUCCGCAGCAGCCCACAGCACAGACAACCCCCUUGGGAGCCCAGCUUUCCUCCUGGGUUUCAAAGUGCUGCUGGUGAUCGGUUUCAUGGUCUUACAUGUGCAGGUGGCAGAACCUGUAACAGGCCCCGCCAUGAGGGCCCCACCUGAGCAGACGGUGAGCUUCACCUGCAGAUCCCACGGCUUCUCCCCCAGAAACAUCUCCCUGAAAUGGUUCAAAAACGGGAAUGAGAUCGCAGCCUCCAAGACCAGCAUGGACCCAGAGGGAGACAGCGUUUCCUACAGCGUCUCCAGCACAGCCAAGGUGGUGCUGGCCCCGGGGGAUGUUCGCUCCCAGGUUAUCUGCGAGGUGGACCACGUCACCCUGCAGGGGGGCCCUCCUCUCCGUGGGACUGCCAACUUGUCUGAGACCAUCCGAGUUCCGCCCACCUUGGAGGUCACCCAACAGCCCAUGGCAGGGACCCAGGUGAACAUCACCUGCCAGGCGAAGCAGUUCUACCCCAGAGACCUCCAGCUGAGCUGGGUGGAGAACGGAAACGUGUCCAGGAUAGAAGCGGCGUCGACCCUCACGGAGAACAAGGAUGGGACCUUUAACCGGACGAGCUGGCUCCUGGUGAACUCGUCCGCCCACAGGGGGGAGGUGCUGUCCUGCCGGGUGGAGCACGACGGGCAGCCAGCGUGGACCAGCAAUGACCACAGUCGCUCAGUGCAUGUUGACUACCUGCAAAUCCCAGUUCAACUGUGA